ACACUCGCUUGGACCGCGGCAUUUUUUUUUUUACACGGCGGAAAUGAACAUCAAGUUCGUAGCUGAAAGUUUUCUUUUCCUCUUUUUUGUCGUGGAAGGCCAGUUGCAUGCUGACACAAUGAGAGAGAAAGCGAGGGGCUUUUCCACGCGAACCUUUCCCUCUGAAGUCCACUUUGUUCUGCUCCUGCUCGGCGCUUAGAUGCUACUUUAGAUGCCUCUCUGCACAUUUCCGUUAUGCGAAGUCCAACUUGGUGGUUAGUCGUCGUGCUGCGGUGGGUGCCCGUCCGAGAUAACGGAGAACUGAUUCUCUGCCAGUCUGGUUACUGCAAUGAAUGGUAACACUAUCCAUCCAGCCAACACCACUUCAGCAGGAGGAGGUCCGAGCGUAGCGGCGCCACCCAGAGGCUGGCGGGAGUUCUGCGAGCUGCAUGCCAUCGCCACCGCACGGCAGCUGGCUGGACAUUACCGGAGCUUCGCCAGUGAGCGCCCGCAGCAUGAACUGGUCCCCCCGGAAACCUUCUCCAAGCACUUCACCGACCUCUUCCAGCAGCACUUCUGCCUGGAAGUCGACAAAGAUGGCGCCUCCGGAAGCGCCUCCGCCACAACUCCCUCACCGCAUGCCCUGAUCAACCAGCUGCGGCACUCGACCUUGUCGCAGGACUACCGGGAGGCGAAGCGGUCAAGCGGAGGAGCCGCGUCGAUAUCCGCGGUACCGAAAGUGGAGUCUGUAGUGGUGAGUCUUGAGCCGGAGCUGCCGCUGAGAUGCCCUGCCAGAAACUCCUUUUCCGGGUCGCGAAGUGUCGGCAGUGGGUCACUGCUGUUUCAGAGCCACAGCAAUGACGAGAUCUCAACUGCUGAUCGUCACCAGUCGUCCGAGCGCCACUCCUCGGACUCUUUGGUGUCGGGUUCUGGAGGACACGGCGACGUCACGCAUUUCCCUGUCAGCCAGAUCCAAAAGACAGUGCAAUGGAUUUUCCAGAAACGGCAAUCCCGCAGCUCCCACUCCUCCCAGGACCUGUCUCCCAGCAACCCCAACCCUGCCACCGCCAACAACAGCUCCUCAAACAACGGCGACAGAGUGGACGAAGGCUCUUCCUCAUCCUCCCAAUCGUUCUCUUUUCAAAACUCCGAGGCCACAGCUCUGGCCGCGUUGCACCGGCCCAGAGUCGUCUCGCAUCUCCUGGAGGGUUUCCGUUGGUUACGCAGCAGAAGUAUCCGGCUCCGGAGGCUGGACGUGAGCGGCUGCUGCAAGGAGGGCCAGCUCAAGUACCUGCUGGUGGAUGACACUAUCUCGGAUUCUCAGCCCCACUGGCAACGCUGCCGCCUGCUGGUCAGGAGGAUCAGAGACGCUCAAAGUGGAGGGGGCAGAGCAGGAAGCGAGAGGUACCAGCUGGAGCUGUACGAUCCCCCAAAGGCCUCCAGUCCCAAACUGACAACUCACUGCUCAGAUAUCCAAGAAGUCCGUCGCUGCACCCGACUGGAGAUGCCCGACAACUUAAACACAUUCGUUUUAAAGGUUAAUCGAGGGAGUUUGAUAUUUGAGACGGACAACGACCAGCAGGUCAGCUCCUGGACCACAGAGCUAAAGGAAUGCAUCAGCAACAGGUCAGGCAGUGUGGAUCUGGAGUCCCCCAUGUCCUCAGCUGACAGCUCUGCUCCAGCCAAUCAGAGGAGGAGCUCAGACUCAGGACGUCAGAGCCCCGUCACCUUCGCCCUCCCUGAGCAGGUCAUCCAGAAGGCCGAUGACUUCCUGGUUUCUUUCCCCUGGUUUCACGGCCCCAUCUCUCGGGUCAAGGCAGCCCACCUGGUGCAGAGCUCCGGACCCGACGGCCACGGCGUGUUUCUGGUCCGGCAGAGCGAGACGCGGAGGGGAGACUUCGUCCUCACGUUUAACUACCAGGGAAAAGCAAAGCACCUGCGCCUCUCUCUGAACGAAUGGGGUCAAUGCAGGGUGCAGCACCUGCGCUUCCCCUCCGUCAUGGACAUGCUCAGCCACUUCCGCCUCUACCCCAUCCCGCUGGAGUGCGGAGCAGCCGGAGCCGUCACGCUGUCCAGCUUCGUCCUGGCCGGCUCCACCCCCCCCUCACAGGGCCAGCUCUCCGGCGCGCUCCUCGUCCCCUUCUCCCUCCAUCGGUGGAGCUCCGAGCCCAGCUUGGCUCGCUGCAGCUUGGCCCGCAGCUCCAGCCAGCCCCCCGCCUUCUCCCCGUCCCCCACCAGCACCACCUCCACCUCCAGCCCCGGCUCCUUCUCCCAGUUCGGCCGCGCCGUCCCGACCACGGAGCCCGCGCCGUCGGCGCCCGCCCACCUGCGCCGGAGCGAGUCGGUGGGGAGGCGGCCCCUGCUGCGCAACCCCAACCCUAACACUCCCAUCAUCCCUCAGCGGGAUUCGGACUACGAACUGGAGUCUGACCGCGGUCGCAAGCGGGCGAUAGACAACCAGUACAUGUUGCUCUGACCCUCCGCUCGGCCGGCCAUGAAGACGCAGUCGCGACGAUCGCUCGGAUGAAGUGCGUCGCCUUCAUCGGGAUGAAAACGAGGCCAACGAAAACGAGGGAACGAAUCCGAACAAGACAGACAAAUGCAAAAUACGCAAAGAAACCCCAACAAAAACAAGUUUGCCUCACCCUCAGAACCUCCAGUGUCCACAGUGAAUGUAUUUCUGGACUUUUUAAAGAGUAUUGACGAUGAUGAUUAAUCUUGUUUUUGAUCGACGAAAGAGAGAAAGUUUAUUAACACCUGUUGUGAUUUUCUUGUUAGUGCACUUGAUGUUAUUUCUGAAAUGAUGGGAAAUCACUGUGCGCUCCUUUUGGGAAAACUUAGGGCAUGAACUUUCCGCACAAAGUUCCCAAAGCGGAGGAAAACCUCCACCUCUCGACACAAACGAAGCUGCACUCCUUUUCCUCGUGGGAUCAAAUUCUGCUCUUCCUCUUUGUGCAUUAUUAAGCAUCUAAGUGCGCAUCACUUUCAGUGCACUUUGUACACGUUGUGUAUUUUUUCAAUACACGCAAUCUUUUGUAGAAAAAAAAAACUAAAAAGGAAAAAAGAGGUAGUUCUAGAAACUAAAUCGCUGUUAAAAAACAGAAACGAGAUUAAGGAUUUUCCUGUCAGCUGAAGCUGAGUUUGUGAUCCGAGUCUGGAUGUGAGAUGAGCAAAACGAACCGUAAAGAAAUCAUGUCAACAAAAUGAUGAAUUAAAGAAAAUGCCACAAAAUCAAACAAACUGGAGUGACAGUGAAAGUUUUACCGACCUACAGCCAAAAACCUGAGGUUUAGAAAAUGUUCAAAUCUGGAUUUUAACAUUGGCCAGAAUGUUGGCCCGACAUUCUGCUGCAGAAACCUGAGAUGACAGAAAGCUGUUUAUUCUUCUAGAAAUCACUGAAUCAGUUUAAUCUCAUCUGUCCAAUAAAUAUCUCUUAUGCAUUAGCGCUGAGACAUUUCACAGUUUUCCAGAGUUAGAUAAAAGGAAAUAAGAGCGAUGUCUUUAUUUCUAGACUAGAUUCUCGUCUGAUUGAAUAUCACUAAUUUGCUGAUUCCUUCAGCCUGCUGGCAUAUUUUAGCCGAUUCUGAUUGGUCAGGCUCUACUGGUUUGGAACGCUGGAAAACUAAAUCGUAAUUUUAAAACUACAUCUUUAGUUUUAACGUUUUAUUUUGUUGGGGGUUUUUUUAAUGGAAGAAUUUUACGACUUUACUACUUUUUCCCUAACAAAGUUGAUUUUACCUGGACUAUCUCUAUCUGGUAUAAAAAAUUAGUUUGAAGCACUGUAUAAAUUAUUACAUGUUUAUUAAAUUGAUACUAAUUUCUAUGUAAUUAUUAGAUUAGAGUCAGCAUGGAGGGCAGCAGGAUCCAGAUUCCUGCUCCGGAAACGUGAAGCAGCAUCACUUUAAGGUCGUCCUGGAGACAGACGGAGUCAGUUAUCUCGUCCCUUAAAGAUGAGAUAACUGUCUUAAAGGGACAGUUAUCUCAUCCCUCAAAGACUUCUAAUGAUCCGUGAAGAAGUUGACUCCAGUUUCUUGUUUUUGUGGCAUUCGGUGAGGGAAUACUCCGCAGCACUUCCAGACAGAAACAAUGAUUGGACUGAAUCAGAGUCUACAUGAUUUGUCCUCUUUCUAACAGAGACGUUUGGUUUUCGGUGACGCAGCUCGGCUGCUACAACCACAUUUCCCCUCCCCAGUUUCAGGCACCUUUCUCCAUUCUGGUAGCAGCGUUAUGUGUCUUAGCUUUACGUUUUUACACUUAUAGCAUUAAUUCUUUGUAUUUUCUCUCACUUCACCACAGCAGCUGAAACCAAAAGGGCUGCAAAGAAUCAUGUUUGUUUUUUUUUUUUUACACUAGAUGUAUUUUCUAAUCGAUUAUUAUAUAUUUUUAAAAGGAAAGUUUUGUAAACUGAGUUUUGAAAGGUGUUUAAAUGUGGCGUGGGAUGUUGCAGAACCACUACCAUUAAUAAUUAAAGGUGCCUUUAUAAAAGGUUUAAAACCAUAAUUUUGACCACAAUAAGCAACUCAGGUGUGCGUUUUAGUGAAUGAAGCCUUUAACCAAAACCCAGAGUUCUCAAUCAUUCUCCAUCCCAAACUUUAGAGAAGUCAAAGAUUAUCUGUAACUUUCACAUCCACUCGCAGCGGGAUGAGUUUGGGAAGUCUUCUAACUUUGCUUUAACACUAACUUCAGCAGAUCAUUUUACAUUUGCUCACAGUAAACUUGCGCCUAAAGUUUGGUGUCUUUCUCUGCAGCUUCCUGUUUCGUUUUCCCUCCUGGUUUUGAUAGUUCUUGUAGUAAUAGACCAGCUUUUUUAAUUAUUAUUUUUUCUACCAAAGUUAACAUUUGUUGGUUUACUUAAUGGUUGUUGCGUCCUGUGUUAUUGUGAUCUAGACUGACAUCUUCUAAGGGGAACAAAAACAAGGAUGUUUUUGGCAAACGUACGGUUGUUCUUCCUGCCUUUAUGUGUCUGAACAGAUUCCUUCGUCACCUCUGUUUCAUUUCUGCUAAAGCAGAGCAACGGUAAAAGCAAAAAAUAAAAAGAAGAAGAAGAAGAAAACUAUUCUGAGCACCAGUCUCGUAUCCUCUCUCGCUCUUCUUAGUUGAUGUCUUUUUUUAUAAUUAUUAUUAUUAUUAUUCCUGGGAGAGUGACUGUGCCUUUGCCAGAAAGCUGCUGUUGCUUUUUUCCCCUCCUCCAGAGCUCAGGGUGUGAUCGUGCCGUGCAAUAAAUGAAAGAUACUUCACACCAUGCUGAACGGAAGAAUUAGGUGCUUAUAUAUCCGCUUAUAGACCAAAAACAGUCAAAUUCAAACAGAAAACCUGCUGCAUAACAACCACAGCUGCCAGAUUUUAGUUUAUUUUUCUAUACUUCUAUACAACCUUAAAGUGUUAUCAAGGUGUCAUUAGCCCUGAUCGCCUCCCCUCCCCGUCGUAUUGCUGAUUUCAUCCAGUUGAUGAAUGUAAUGUGUUCUGAAUACUGUUCAUCCUGUCUGUUAACUUCGCACUGUAAACAUUUCACAUCAACGCAUCAAUGUCCACAGCAGCUUCUCACACCUUCUACUGGGUCGGCAUCCCUUUCAGUUAUGAGCAUUUAAAUUAUAUUAAAUAUAUAAAUAUAUAUAUAUAUCAACUGUAUAUUUGACUUUU